CCGUCUGCUCGCCAGCCUUUCCGAUGCUCGCUGCGCCCCUCGCCGCCGCCGCCGCCGCCCUCCUGCCGCCGCUUGUCCCUUGGAGCCGCCGCCUAAGUCGGGGAGGAGAGAAUGACCGAGGUGCUGUGGCCGGCGGUCCCCAACGGGACGGACAUUGCCUUCCUUGCCGACCCUGGUUCGCCCUGGGGAAACAGCACAGUGACUUCCACCGCCGCCGUCGCCAGCCCGUUCAAAUGCGCGCUGACCAAGACAGGCUUCCAGUUCUACUACCUGCCAGCUGUCUACAUCUUGGUGUUCAUUAUUGGCUUCCUGGGCAACAGCGUGGCCAUCUGGAUGUUCGUCUUCCACAUGAAGCCGUGGAGCGGCAUCUCAGUAUACAUGUUCAACUUGGCCCUGGCCGACUUCUUGUACGUGCUGACUCUGCCGGCGCUCAUCUUCUACUACUUCAAUAAGACCGACUGGAUCUUCGGGGAUGCCAUGUGCAAGCUGCAGAGGUUCAUCUUCCACGUGAACCUCUAUGGCAGCAUCUUAUUCCUGACCUGCAUUAGCGCGCACCGGUACAGCGGCGUGGUGUACCCGCUCAAGUCCCUGGGUAGGCUCAAGAAGAAGAACGCGGUCUAUAUUAGCGUGCUGGUGUGGCUCAUCGUGGUGGUGGGCAUCUCCCCCAUCCUCUUCUACUCUGGCACCGGGAUCCGGAAAAACAAAACCAUCACCUGCUAUGACACCACCUCAGACGAGUACCUGCGAAGUUAUUUCAUCUAUAGUAUGUGCACGACCGUGGCCAUGUUCUGUGUCCCCUUGGUGCUGAUUUUGGGCUGUUACGGAUUAAUUGUGAGAGCUCUGAUUUACAAAGACCUGGACAAUUCGCCUCUGAGGAGGAAAUCCAUUUACCUGGUGAUUAUUGUACUGACUGUUUUUGCUGUGUCUUACAUCCCUUUCCACGUGAUGAAAACAAUGAAUUUGAGGGCCCGGCUGGAUUUUCAGACCCCAGAAAUGUGUGCUUUCAAUGAUAGGGUGUAUGCCACUUAUCAGGUGACAAGAGGUCUAGCAAGUCUCAACAGUUGUGUGGACCCCAUUCUCUAUUUCUUGGCAGGAGAUACUUUCAGAAGGAGACUCUCCCGAGCCACCAGGAAAGCUUCCAGAAGAAGUGAGGCAAACUUGCAGUCCAAGAGUGAAGACAUGACACUCAAUAUUUUAUCAGAGUUCAAGCAGAAUGGAGAUACAAGCUUGUGAAGAUGCAGGAAUCCCCAAACACCCACUUUGUAACAUGGUAGGAUGCUUCAUAGAGCCAAGCGCUUUUUUCCCCUUUCAGUUUCUAGUAAGUUUAGAGAAAAUUCAAGCCAAGAAAGCAGUGAAUUAACAAAUAAAAUAGAAGUGGAAAUGCCUACACCCACACUUGGCUUGUUCGGAUUUGCUUUCUAACCAGAAGUUAGACUUCUGGUCUAACUUCCUUCGCUCCAGGGCUUCCUUCUUUCUAACCAGAAGUAUGUAACAUAAAAUUAUACUGCCCUCCUUAAAUAUUUACUUUCUCUUCUGCCUUUAAAAUUUGCAAACUCUUCUCUUUAAAGUGUACAUGAGUACUGAAGCUAUUUGGAUAUUAAUAUUUUCUCCAAGAAAACUGACCACCUGAAACCUGAGUUUGUGAUUUGUCUAAUCUUUAUUGUCUUUAAUAAUCUGAGGUAGGAACAAAUUGAAACUUUACAUUCUUAGAUUAGAGACAUACACCAAAAUACUAAAGUCAGUCCAUUCAGAAGCAGAUGAACAGAUUGCUGCUGGGUGUCUUUUUUUGAUCCUAUAAGCAUAGGUGGUAGCUGGCUGAAUUUCUCUGGAGAAUUGAAUAGAAAAAUCAAGUCAAUGAAUUUACAAGUCUCCAAAGGGAUUAUCUCACAAUUGUUUCUAGAAAACUGCUUACUCUGUGUUGGGUGCUAAAUGUUUGUGGACGGAAUCAUCUGUAUAUUAUCUUACAGGUAAAAUGCCUUCAAAAUAAUCUAAGUGCAUGUACUUUCCUUGUAAACACCACAAACUCUGUUAGACUUCCUGUGACAAAGAGCUUUUGCUUGCACCACUGCUGUGCAGCGCCCAAGGAUUAUGUUUGUGUUCCAGUACAAAUGCUCACUUCCAUCUGUAAAAACAAUGUUAAAAAUCACAGAUAAAUUACAGAUCAAAGUUGAAUAGCUGUUAGCAAGUUGAGGGAUGUCGGCAGGAGGGAGAGUGGUUGACAGUCAUCCAUAAUGCAUAGCCUGCAAGCAUAUUCUCAAAUGUAUGAGGGACCAAGAUGGGGGAGAUGACAUUUUUAGAAUAAGGGUUUUAGUUUAAAUUAAUUAUGGUGUAAAAGCUCUCUCUCUGUUUUUUGACUUCUUCCAAAUGGUGGAAAACAUGGAAUGCAGUGUAACAAGAAGGCAGAAUUUGCAUGUGUUGUGGUGGUAGAAUGAGGUGCUAUAAUGCUUUGCUGGGUCUUACAUCCUCAUUUUUGAAGCGAAAAUGCCAAACAUAUGGGAAAGGGAAAUAUGAAGAAUUAAAUUUAAAUACUUGAAGUACCACAGCACUACAAAAUGAGGUGUAGAAACUACUAAUCAGACUAAUAGUUUAAGCGAAUACUACUGGACAGUGUUUUAUAUUUUACCUCUGUCAGGCAGUAAUGACAAAUCUAUAAAAUACUUCAAUAACUUUCAUAAUGAUUUUUAGUGAAUACUGAAUUGCUGCAUUUCUAGCCCUUGAAACGGUCAAAUUUGAUAUAUGUAGAAUAAUGAGUGAGGUGACCAUUUACAACACCAAAUAAAUAAAUCCGAUAUCAAAGGAAUUUCUCAUGGUGAAGACAUGCCAACAAACCAGCAUCAGAGUCUGCAACUGAUGGUGGGGAAACUUGUUUGAAAGCACUUUAUAUGUAGAGCAAUUUGGGGCUGCGUCCAAGGUAAGAACCUUAGUGCCCUGUGGGACCUGGCAAUAAGAAAGUCAGAGCUGCGCUUCAGUUCUUGCAGAGUCUGGAUGGAUUUCAGAUUUGUGAGCCCUUCAGUUUCUUAGACUUUCUCUGACUACUAAGACCAAUGAAUAAAAGCUGAAAAGCUGUGUUUAACCACCCUAAAGAGUGUGACUUUUUCCCAUGUUCAGUGUUAAGACACAGGAUUAUAAAAACCAAAUCAAGUGGAAACCUUUCAGAUGUCCUACCUACACCUCAUUUUGAGGAAAGAGAAGUGUUAACUAGGUUCUCAUUUGAUUAGGAUCCUGCAGUGUUGUCUGUUGUGAAAUCCUAAAAGAAAAAGACGAAGCUAUGUCAUGAAUGUGUUACCCCUGUCAAAUAUCAUGUGCAGUGAGACAUGAUUAAUACCACUAAAUUGGCCAGAGUGGAAAUAUCAAAGUCUGUACCAUCCUUGAACUCGAAGGCUCAUGAUACACAUUUCUAUAAUAUUCCUUCACCUUUAUUUACUUUAGUGUUCUUCCUUUUAGGUCUGAAGAUGCCCAGCCUGGUUUACAGUAUAUGUUAGGUACAUUGAUUCAGCUUCCAGGGAACUUUCUUUUGGAGUGUGGCUCCAGUGUGGAGGUAAACAGGGACGAGAAAUGCCCUUUUACUCCUUGACAUGCUAUUUCCACAGUAUUUCUUCCUUAGCGUCAUACAUCACAUAGUGGACAAUGAUGACAUGCAGUUGCCUGCCUAAUAGUGACAAGAAUGAUCUCUCUAACCCCUUUCAGGCACGAAGUGGUCUCUGGGAUGAGUCUGCUAAUGAUGAAAACAUACCAAGGGUCAAGAUAAAGCAGUGACCUAUUGGCUGAAGGUCUGAUUCAUGACUUAUGAUAAAGAGUGUGUAUUUUACCAGUAAAGGCAGAAAUCUGCUGGCAUUUUGAUAAAAACAAAAAAAUUAAGGAAUGUAGCAAUUAACUAAAUUUCACACUACAAAACUGAAUGCCAAAGUGUUUUAUGGCUCAUCAGUCGGCAACUUUGACCCACUGAACAUCAGUGUGUGUGUGUUUGGAUUGAAAUGCUAAACACACAGACGCAGGAGAGAUACGGCAUGAGAGUAGAAUUUGGAGUUAAAAUGGCAAUAUUGCCCAUUGGCCAGCUGUGGGACUUCUUGACCCUGUCAAGACCACUCUCCGUGGAUUAAAAGGGCUGGAUGAUAUCCAUCUGUUGGGGCCUUAGGGGAUGUAGUAGAGAACUAUAGGCAGCCAGAGGUGCAUGAAAUCUGCUGCUGUAUUUUCCAGGACUGCUGAAUGCCAGUCCUUGGCUAAAAAAACUCGUACAAAGUUCACCAGUUGUGAAAUGGAUAUGACCUGUAAGUUUUCUGUCUCAGGGCAGUCCACUAUACUGCCUGUGGAUAUCAGAGAUGUCAGUGCUUACAGCAGCUGGAAUUGGACUCAUGACAAUAAAGGUGUGUAACUAGUUAGAGAUAUAGUAAAGCUUUAACUUUGCUGGUCAAAUUGUAACUAUCAUAAUAGUAUUUAUUGAUGAAGCUCACAGUCCUUCCAUUGUACAGAUUGAAAAACUUUCUUGAAAGUUCCAACAUACUGAUGUAAAUUAUAUUUAUUACAAUGUAUAAUAUUAAUGUCACAUUGGUGUAUUUUACAUAAUGUAUGAUGCAUAAAAUUAAUUACUGUAUAUUAUGAUGCUUUUCAAAUAUCAGUAUCUUGAAAUGUUUUAAGUUUUCAGAUUUUUUUUAAUCUAAAAUAUGAAAAUCUGUUUUGUGAUACAAGGGAUUCAUUUUCUCUAGAAAUGCUUUUGCACGUUUAUCUUUUUAUUUAGGGUUCUUCCUACAUAGACACAGUUUGGUGUCAAACUUUCAUUAGGAUCAAUAGUAAAUACAGAAUAUCUUAGCCAAAUACUGGGUCUGUAUUGUCUACAUUUUAUAUACUAUUAUAGAAGUAUUUAUAUUGUCUUUUCAAUAUGUUUGGAAUUGUAUCUGCAAAUACAGUCAGAGCUUCCCAUUUCUAAUUGCAAAAGGUUUGUCCUAAACUCAAUCGACAUCACUUAUGUUUUAGAAGUCUGGUGAGAUGGGCAUUAUAGAUACAAUAUUAGCAUUUAAGGAAAUACUUAAGGGAGAUGGACAGAGAAAGAGACAGCUGGUGUAAUCAAUUACUCUGCUCAAUUCUGCUUCAGUUUUUAUGUUGUGUUUCUUCUUAAGGUGAAAUAGCAUAAUCUUAAUUUCUUAGAGAUGAAGUUUCUAAGUAACACACUACCAGCAAGUUCAACAUUGCUAGUAAUUUUAAUGUUUUUUCUGUUCAUUUGAUAACUUUAAUUCCAAGUUUUACAAUAAUAUCUAUAUAUUAUUUGGCUGCUGAAUCCUGUUAACAGUUUUUUUUUUUAAUUCUGUUGUACAUUAUAUUAUACACAUCAUUACAAAUUAACAUGAAGGGGAAUAUAUAUUACAUAUCAAAAAUUGUGAAUUUGAACUCUAGUAUGUGUUAGUGCUUUUGCAAAAAUGUUUAUUUUUAUAAUAUCUGUGAUUUUAAUAUAGGUAAUUGAACUAGAUUUCUUUGUGGUGAAUAGUGCCAUUGAAUGACUGGUAUGGAAACAGUGUUACUUGACAUUUUGUGCUUUCUCAGGUUUAUCUAUAUCAAUGGUAGCUUAACAGAUUCCAGACUAAUUGUGCAUAAUUGUGUUUUAAAAGGAAUGUACAUUUCCUAUAAGUUUGCAUGCAGGAGUGUACAACUUGGAGUGUGUGUGUGUGUUCACAGCAUGGCAGCCAACUUUGUAUCUGCUGUUGAUAAUAACAGCAGAGCUUUGGUAUAAUCGUGGUCAUUAGAAUUAUACCUACCAUAGACAAUGAAAACCGAAAAAGUCUCAAUAAAACUAUGAAAUGUG